AUGGGACUGUGCUACUGGAUGAACCGAAAUGUUUUAACAGAUCCAUUUUACUAUCAACCUUUGCUCAGCAACGCCCGCAAGAAAGAAAAGAAGCUAAAGCUCACCUUAAAAGAAAGCUUAAAACACAUCGUUCAUUCUCGCUAUAUUGGGCUGAUUGCGAUUCUUGUCAUCGGUUAUGGUGCUUCAAAUAAUAUUAUGGGCGUCAUGUGGAAAGACCAAGUCAAACAACAGUACCCAGACACCCUUUCCUACAGCGAUUUCAUGGGAAGCUUUUCCUUCUUUACAGGGAUAGCAACUAUUGCCCUUAUCUUCUUCUUCAAGGGCAUAAUCCCGCGCUUUGGAUGGCGUAGGGCAGCCUUUGUCACCCCUGCGGUUCUUCUCGUCACUG